UGGGCAGCAUCUGGACCGGUUCCCCGUCUCUGGUAUGGACGACGGGCGGGGCACUGUUUGCUCGAGGGGGGGCGGGCCAGAGGAGGCGUUUCUCUGCAAAUGAGCGGGAUCCGGGUAUCCCCCGCGGUUGCAGAGCGGUCAGGUGCCCUGACUCCCUUGCAUUUUCCCCGGACUUCGCCUUUGCCAUGGCCGAGCGGCGCUGGGGCCUGGGGGCCCGCCUGGCUCGCCGACUGCCUGUGCUAGGCGUCCGGAGGGAUCGCAAGGGGAAGAGGACCCCGGAGGAGGCCACAUCCCGGGAUAGGCCCUGGGGUGGCCGGAGCUGCCCUGACCUGGCCCAGAGCCAGGGCAGUGCCAGCAAUGUCAGCCUUGAGGCCCAAGCCCAGAGCGGCUCAGAAUGGGACCUCUGGGCAGGGAGCCGUGGCUCCUGGCUUUGGAAGCGAGGACACAGCUCAGGGGGCCCCGCCGAGCCUCUGGGGCGCCUGCAGAGGCCAGCUGUGGGCAGCGCCUCUGACCUGGCCAACUAUGCCUCUGCGGGACCAGAGAGCCUGGCAAUGGCGGUGACCUCAGCAGAGCCUGCUCGGGCCAGGUGCCCCUCAUGCCCUCUGCCAUCUCCUGGACAUUCAGAACAGGGGUCUCCAGGCUGUGCCUGCCUGCAACCUGCAUACGUAGCCCCGGAGGUUCCUUGGAGGCCUGAGCCACCCAGCAACCUGGAAGACACGCUGCCCCGCCCAGCAUCCUUCCCCAGGGCAGAGGGGACAAAGGGCAAGCCUGCCAGCCUGGGGCCAGCCCUGCCAGAGACCGCCCAGACCCUACUCAAACGUCCCUCUGCCAGGAGGACCCGCUACCACAUCACCGUCACCCUGCAGGGGCGUGGGCAAGCACCUGGGGAGGAGAGUGAGGAGCCCAAACCGGCCCAACCAGCUCUCCACCCCUGCGGCCCUGAGGAAUCCAAGGGCUGGCAGGAGCCUCCUGAGGGGCCCCGCCCCAUCACAGGGUGCCUGACUGACCUGCCUCAGGAGCCCCGGCUGAGAGCUCCACCACAUCAGGGGAGCAUGGCCCAGCGGCAGGAGCUCCAGACUGGCCAGACCCCUGGAUCCCCGCACAGACGCGAGCUGGACCACGGUGAGCCAAGGACCCCUCAGGACAGGUGGUCAGGGCCCAACAUGGAGGAGGCAGGUGGGCCCCCGGCUCAGGCCAAGGCCCGAGUGGUGAGCGCCACACUGACAUGGCGGCAGCGGCCCCCUGCCCAGGAAGAGAUCAAACACCAUUUUCAUAAGGUGUCCCUGGUGUCAGGGGCCCCAUUGGAAGCCCCCCAGGAGGAGAUGUUUGAGAACAGCCACCAUCGAGAGGAAGUAAAUGGCUUUGCUGCACGGGAAGUGGGGACCAUGAGUCAGCAGGGCCCCUGGGAUGGGGCUGGUGCCAAGAGCUUCCAGAGCCACGGACCCAUCUUUUCCAAGAAGUACACGCUACCCCGCAAGGAGAAAAGGCCAGUGGGAAGGCCGAAGGAGGCUGUGGGCCAGGGUGAUGGCAGUCCCCUGGACCCCAGGACUGAGCCACCCAGCUCAGGAGCCAUGGCCAAGACUGAGUUUUUGGUGCCAGUGCACGGGCCCCGUGAGCCAAGCCCCCACCCAGGUGUGAAUAUCAUCAGCGAGAGCCCUCCGAACCCCGAGGAACGGCGGGUGACACGCACUGUGCGGACCACAGUGAUGCUGGGAGGCCACGUGGACCGACGCGUGAACUACUCUGUGACCAGCUCAGGGGGACCAACGCUCUCAGGCGAAGCCCUGCGCAGGGGCCGCACUGUCGCUCGCACGGUGCGGGCAGUGGUGUUGAGCCCCCGAGCAGAGGGCUCUCCCAGCCGCAGUCAGGCCCUGGAGCUGCUCAGUAGCCUCGUGCCCGCUGAGCAUAGCCUGCCUGCCAGCCGGCUUCCCAGGCCUGUUGUGCCAAGGAGUCCAGGUCCGGGCAGCACAGAGGGUGCAGCCCUAGGGCAGCUGCCUGACAUGGGGACAGCAGAGCCAAAGGACAGAUCUUCCCUGGUUCCUGCAGGCAUCCCAGAGGAUGCUCACCCACCUCAGAACCAGGAUGUGCCGGCAGCCCAGCCAGACCAAGACCAGGACAGAGCCCUGGAUGCCAGGGUCCAUGAGCUCCCAACGGUGCAGAGAGCCCCCAGCCCCACCCAUCUCCCUCCCCAGACCUCUCAGGGCCAGGCACCAGUACCCUCCUCGCCCAGACUCCAGAACCACAACCCCCCCUCCCUGGACCGAGUCCACCCCCCAGAGCAGCCUGAGCUACCUACUCACCCUAGGACCCAGCUCACUCUCGAGCCCAGGGAACCCCAGGUCCUGCCCUCUGUAAAAAGGGAAGAGCUUCCAGAUCCCCCUGCUGCCCCCAUCCUGCCCAUGGCGAAGACUGAGGUUGUUAUAGUCCCUGGACAAUCUCUUGCUCCACCCCCUACGAAAAAGAAGGCUGUCACCAGCCCAGAUGGUCUUUCUGCUCCAUCCUCCCCAAGGAAUAAGGUGGUUCAGGACUCCGGAAAUGUCCCUAACUUCUCCCUUCCUCAAAAAGAGGUGGUGCAGGAUUCUAGUGCUCCUGCUGCCUCAUCCUCCAAACAAACCAAGGUUGCCCAGGACCCAGCAGGCAGCCCUAGCACCCCAAAAAAGGUUGUCCUGGGUAUUGGAGGCAGCUCUGCCCCUCCCCUCACCAAAGAAGAGGCUAUUGAAGGCCUGACAGCUCCUGCUAUCCCAUCCCCCAAACAGGAUGAGGUUGUGUGGGUCCCUGAAGGGAGCCCCAUCUCAUUUCCUACCCAAAAAGAGGUUGUCCAGGGCCCUGGUGCUCCUGCAGUCCUGUCUUCCACCCAGAAAGUGGUUGUCCAGGGCCCUACUGUUCCCCUUGGCCCCUCCUCCUCAGUAGGCAAGGUGUCCCUCAGCCCAGGAGGUCCCCCUGCACCAGUGCUGAUGAGACCAGAGGCCAGCCGGGAGUCCCAGCAUGUCCCUGACUCCGCCAAGGGCAAGACGCUCCUGGAGCCAUCAAGGGAGGAGGAGGAGGUGGCCUUGACCGCUGACCUGGAGAUUUUCCUAGAUACCCUGCGGAGCAUGGAGCCCCCCGAGAUCCUCCGCACUCACCGGCUUCCACGAGCCCCCCGGUCCUCCUACCUGGCCAUGUACGCCACACUGCCUGCCAUCGAGGAGGACCAACCUGGGCCAUGGAUGCCAGGACCCAGCCCCCAGGAGGUGCCCACACUAGAAGAAAAGGGGGAGGAGAAGGGAGAAGAGGAGGAGGAGGAACCAGAGAACCCCUACCUGAGCGAUGAUGAAAAGCUCCAGCGCAGGCAGGAGAAAGCUGGGCCCAGCUCCUCCCAGGACUCCCAACCUACCCCGCCCCCCCAGGUCUCUUACUCUCCCCUAGAGAUGAUGAAGAAGCAUGUAGCAGGUGCAAAGGGCCCCUACUCGGAACUGGGGCCAGAGCGGCACGCAAGCAGCAGGCCCACUUCCCGUCUUGGAGGCAGCCUUCUCUUUGGGGGUCUGGUACCUGCCCCCAAGGAGGCCCCUGCCUUGGAACCACUGGGCACAAAACUGUCUGCUCUGCCACCCCACGGGGCACCGGGACUCAGGAAGGUGCCAGGACAGCUGCCCCUGCUCUACAGUGAAAAAUCGCCUCCAGAGAAGCCUGCACGUGCCCAGUCCCCAGAGGGGUGGAGCCCAGCACUGAAGACCCAGAGCAAGCCGAACACCAGGCCUGGAAAGAUGAUCCUCUUCUCAGAGCCUGGCUGCCAAGGCAGCAGCAGGGAGGUUUGGGGAGACACUGCUGAUGCUUCCAGCUGGGCCCGUGUGGCCUCCAUACGAGUAGUUCGAGGCUGCUGGGUGCUAUAUGAAGAGCCGGAGUUCCGGGGCCGGAAGCUGGUCCUGCCUGAAGGAGACGUGGAACUCGGAGCCCCGGGGCCGGCGUGGAGUCCCCAAGGCAUCGGCUCCCUGAGGAGGGUUGUCCGGGACUACAUUAUCCCAGAGAUCAGCCUGUAUUCUGAGGAGGGCCUCAAGGGGGAGCAAGUGAGGCUAACCAAGGCCUUAGAGGACCCCCAGGGCCUGGAGAAGCCCCUGCAGGUGGCAUCUGCCACUGUAUCCGCAGGACUGUGGCUUCUAUACCCCAAACCCUUCUUUGAAGACACCCCCUGCAUCCUGGAGCCUGGAGAGUACCCCAACUCAGAGGCCUGGGGUGCAUCAGACCCCAGCGUGGGCUCCCUGAAGCCCAUGAGAUUGGGCUGCCCAAGUGUGGAGAAGCCAGGUGAGCCCAAGGCCGUGGUGUAUGAGGCCCCAGACUUUCAGGGCCAGAGCUGGGAAGUGAGCCGAGACAUCUACAACCUUCAGCAGCCAGAGGACAGCCAGAGCCCCAACUUGGCCUCUGUGGGGUCCCUGCGAGUUCUUGGGGGCUGCUGGGUGGGCUACGAGAAGGAGGGCUUCCGGGGCCACCAGUAUCUGCUGGAGGAGGGGGAAUACGCUGAUUGGUCACACUGGGGAGGCUAUAAUGAGGUGCUGACCUCCCUGCGGGUCAUCAGGACGGACUUCGGGGACCCGGCCGUGGUGCUGUUUGAGGCCAUGGACUUUGAGGGGCAAGGCGUGGAGGUGAGCGAAUCGUUGCCAGACGUGGAGUUGGCGGGACACGGCCCCCGCACGCAGGCCAUCCACGUGCUCAGCGGCGUGUGGGUGGCCUAUCAGGAGGUGGGCUUCUCCGGAGAGCAGUACGUGCUGGAGAAGGGCGUGUACCGCAACUGCGACGACUGGGGCUCGGGCAACAGCGCCCUCGCCUCGCUGCAGCCGGUCCUGCAGGUCGGGGAGCGCAAUCUGCACUUUGUCUCCAAGAUUCAGCUUUUCUCCGGCCCGGACUUCCUCGGUGACCACAUCUCCUUCGAGGAUGACCAGACGUCUCUGCCCUCCUCCUUCCAGCCCCAGUCUUGCCGUGUCCACGGCGGCAGCUGGAUCCUGUUUGAUGAGAAGAACUUCGAGGGUGAGCAGCACAUCCUCUCUGAGGGCGAGUUCCCCACACUCACGGCCAUGGGCUGCCUGGCCUCCACAGUCCUGGGCUCUCUCCGGAAGGUGCCACUGCACUUUUCAGAGGCGUCCAUUUUCCUGUACGGGCUGGAGUGCUUCGAGGGGAAGGAGAUCGAGCUCCGCAGGGAGGUGCGGAGCCUGCAAGCCGAGGGCUUCAACAACCACGUGCUGUCCGUGCGGAUCAAGGGGGGUGUCUGGGUGCUGUGUGAGCAUAGCGACUUCCGGGGCCGCCAGUGGCUGGUGGGCAGCUGCGAGAUCACCAACUGGCUGACGUACAGCGGGACCCAGAGGGUGGGCUCCCUCUACCCCAUCAAGCAGAUGGGGAAAUAAAGGCCCAGAGAAGUGGACAAGGAUUUGCUCAGCAACCUUGGGCAAGUACUUUAUAACUUCCAUGGCGCUCAGUUUCCUCAUCUUUAAAAUGGGAAUGCUAUGUGUGCUAGAAUUGUUUUCGGGCGGAAGAUAAGGAUGAAUGGAAGUGGUUAAUUACUCAACAGACAUCAGCUGUGAUUAGUGUCAUUGUUACAGUCACCACCACCCGAGACCCCCAGGUGAUGUGUGGCAGAGCCAGGUCUGAUGUCUGACAGCCCAGGGUCUGCCCUGCCGUGGUACCUCUUCAGCAGCGGUAGUGCAUGCAUUUCUCUCCCUAAGUCUGGGGGUGCACAUCUGUGUUCCUCUGUGCAUCCAGACUUUUAACAAAAUAAUGCAUGGGGUCGGCUAAGGGAGCACAUAGCAUGCGUGUACAUGGCUGUGUGAAUCCAUGCGUCUGUGUCUGCUGCGGACUCCUGUACACCCAUGAGGACCGUGGGCGUAUCUGCCAGUGUGUCCGGGUAUCUCUACAGACGUGGAACUGUUGGAUGUGCAGUGCAUAAGAGCUCCCGGUGUAUGCGUGAGACAGAAGGGGUGACUUAGGGGCAGGGUUGAGGAUGGUUUGAGGCAGGAGGGAGAGCUUGGGCGCUUGGGAUACUGGAGGGUCCGGAGUUAAAGGCGUUGAAGGUCCAACUGGGGAGUGUCCCUACACAGAGACCCCUGACUCUCAGCUCUCCCCAUUUCCCAGCGCCGGGCUUACUUCCGCCUCUGGAAUGCGGCACUGGGGGGAUUCCUAGCAGUGCCCGACCAUGUGGAGGACAUGAAG